GGAUCAUGAUCUGAUCCUGGAUCCUUAAAAUAUCAAUCAAUUCUCAAAGACAAUAAAUUGAAAUCGAUUAUGGUUGAUUAAAAAGAGUAUAUAAAGACGAGCAACCGAAGUAUUUAAUAUCAUAUUAAGUUAGUUGAUAAAUCUAAUUCUUUAAUCUUAUUCUUCAAAUUGUGUUAACUUACUCGAGUAAAAAUCAUGAACCGAUUUUUAGUGAUUACUUUUGUCGUCAUUAUCUCAUCAUGCUAUGGUGAUGCUUAUUGGAAUGGAACUACAUUUGGUGCUUGGGCUAAAGGAAUGACUCCUUGUGAGCUUUGCAAACGUGAAUUCGAAGCAGAUAUAAAUGAUUUGAGAUUAGCUCGAAAUCAGUUCUUACCUUUACUUGCGCAACGUUGUGGUGAUUACCCAACUCCUGCAGGAUCUUGCAUUUCUUAUGUUAAAGUAUUCGAGUCUUCAUUUGACCUUCUUAUCGAACGACAAAGCAGAGUUGAAGAGCUUUGUGCUUACUAUGGUGCCUGUGAAUCUAGCCUGACCCUCGACAUCAGUUUACCAAAUAUUCCCGCUGCUCCAGUUACACCCAAACAAAAUCCUCCCAAAGUUUAUGUUAAGGCAGUUUGCGAGCAAUGUAAGGACAUUACCGCUGCAGUCACUUACAGUGGUGCUGGAAGCUAUGCUAACACUUUCGCCGCUCUGUCAGAAAAUGGUUGUUUAUCGUGGGCUAAAACCGAUGCGGUUCCAAGUGAAGAAGAUUACAAGAAAUGUUCUGAUCUUAACUCAGUUUAUUUCAAUUCAAUUACCGAUAAUAUGAUCGACAAAACCACUCAGAACUAUUUGUGUUGGGAUCUUUUCGAUGUUUGUGAACCAUCCGAUAAACCAAGCGAAUUGGAGCUACCAUACGGUCAAAAACUAACCAACUAAUCAAACUCCGAUUGCAGGAUCAUUGAUAAUUAAAUGUAUCAAUCAUUGAGACUCGAUUUAAAUAACUAAUAAAAGAAAAAAAUAUUUA